GCCCUGCCAUUGAUAUGUUCAUUGCUAUAUAACUUCCAAUAACACCAAGGGAUUGAACCUGCUUCAGAGGCAGAACUGAUAACUAGCUAAAGCUUGGUAGGGCAGGUUACUUGUCAGCCCUGUGUGAGCACAGCUCCUAAAGUUUCAGAGGGAGGUUUCCAGUCACUUCCGUUCCAGUUACUGUCCAAUUAUUGGAAGAUGUUUGAAGAUUUAUUGGAAGUGAGGAGAUCAUGAACAACCAGUACAUACGUGUGGAAAUAUUUGCUUUGGAAACAUGUGAACUUAAAAAUGCUUGGGAACAGAGAAUUCAAAAACAAAAUGAAGCACGGCAAAACGAAGCAGCUAGACAACAGAAAAGUGCCCUAAAAAGGCUCCGAAAUGAAUGGGCGGAAAGGCUGGAAAAAAGAAGACUUGAAAUGAUAAGAAGCCAGAAUCAAAACAAUAAGGCAAACGCGUGAAAACGCCAUCCUUACGUUGUUUACGUUUUGCUAUGAUAAUAGCUUUUGCAGCAUAAAUACUAAAUAAUUACAACAUGUCAACUUAGUAGCUUAUUGCAAAUGGGAUCAUUAGCUGAGGGCCAGUAUAAAAGCAAUUAACGUUUACCUUUUUUUAUAGCAUUGCAACUCAACUUGGACUAACAUAUCAGAAUAUAUAGAUGAGGCUUGUCUACUAAUAUUUGAAAUUCAGUAUAUAUCUUACCAGUUUCCUGUUACUUUUUCUUUACUAUGAAUGUUUUCAAAGAAUGGCUAUUUUUUUUAUAAAUGUGUUUCAUGGGAAGGAUUCACUAUGAUUUACGAUCUAAGAUGCAGCACAGUCCUAUGAAGAUGGUAACAUUUAUUGAAAUGGCUAAACAGCCACCAACACUAUCCUUAUUACUAAACGACUGGAUAAUUUAAAAAUUGUGUGCCCCAAAUGGGGUCUGUUAAAAAGCCGUUGUGUGCUUGGAUGAUAAAUAACAAACAUUUGAUGUGUCUAAAAUAAUAGUAUGCUCUUUUAUUACAAAGGUUAUUGUAUUGUUUUCUGGACAGAAUGCUAAAAAUCACUGCUUGUGUACACAGAGCUCUCACAAUUUCCUUGUGUGGUAUUUUAAAAAAAAAAAUAGCAUUUUGCUAUAUAUGUCUCCCCCUUGAUUUUUCCCUUCAUAAAUCAUGUAUAAUAAGGCUCAAGACAGCAUAUUAUUUGCUGCUAGAACAGCAGUGGGAAUUGUGCAGGUCGACUGAGUCAGGGCAUGGCUUGCAUGCAAGGAGGUCAACCAACAACCCUCAUAACGCAUAAAACACUGUGCAAGCAGUAUAUUUAUUGCACACAUCCUAAUGAGUUUAAUGGACAGAAAUUAAGAAUCCAUAAAUAGUGUCAUUUUAUAAUGUGAUAUAAACCAGCUCUGAACUGGAUUAUUGAAUUAUCAGAAAUUAUAAAUAGGAGACCACCAAAAUGGACUAAAUUAAAUUAAAAGGACAGAUGUACGGGACAUUCCUGAUCCAAUGUGCCUCCACCAAGGACAAAUGUAUUGCCAAUUUACAGUGUGGGCUGUCACUAAUUAGAGAUUAGCACAGGAACUCUAGAAAACAUAUCCAAAUGAACUGCUGAUAUAAAAAAAAAUAGAAAACAUAACUAUAAAAAUAGCUCUAACAUUUGGGUUGGUAGAUACAAGUUUUCAGGUGAUCUAAUUCUUAUCUUUGAGUACUGUAUGUGUCUAUACUGUAUAUGUGUUACUGCAUAUCAGCAAUCUUUGUACCUUUUUAUUAAAUAAAUUAAAGCCCAACUGAAUCAUUUGUUAGCUCUAACGAGCAGGGCCCUCUGA